AUGCGUCGCCGGCUUCCCGCGCUAAUAGAAUCGCGCCAGGGAGGCGGCAGCCUGCGUGCGACGAGGGUCGAUAUGGGGCGGUGCGCAAGUUUGUCCCCCGGGGGCGGCGGCGGCGGGGGCGGCGGCGGCGGCCGCAGACAGUGGCUGGCUGGGGUAGCCUAUCACGAGCCCGGCCACGGCGUGGGCAGCCAGAGCCGCCGUCCAAUAACUUCACAUUGUGACUCGCCGCGCACCCCACCAGGUGGCCAGCUAUUAUCCCCGCUGCCGCAGCCCACGCAUCCCUUUUCUCCUCGACAUCUUUGCUACGCAUCCGACACGCACGCUCGUGGCCGUCUGGGGCUGAAGGCGCCGACGCAGCAGGGGCAGCUGCCGUUGGAGGCAAAGGCUGAGAUGGGGGUGGAAGUGGAGUUUCCAUCACAGGGUAGACGCCGAUGGGCACUGGCAUCGUUCCUGGGGCCUCGUGGUCGACCACACGGGGCGGUGCUGGUUGAGGUGCCGGCGCUCAGCGGAACCAUCGGCCCACUGGAGAGAUGCCAUCGCCGGGCCACCGAGCUUAGUGAUGUCGCACCGCCCCGUGUGGUCGACCACGAGGCCCCAGGGACGAUGCCAGUGCCCAUCGGCGUCAACCCUGUGAUGGAAACUCCACUUCCACCCCCAUCUCAGCCUUUGCCUCCAACGGCAGCUGCCCCUGCUGCGUCGCCGCCUUCAGCCCCAGACGGCCACGAGCCUAUGGACGUCGAAGGAUGA